AUGGUUCAGUCAAAACUGACAUUACUAGCACUUGCUGGUACAGCACUUGCCGGUGUGGUUCGCCGAGAAGAAGCUGAAGUUGAUCAUUUGAAACCAGAGGAUCUCUCAUAUCAUCCGCCAACACUGGACUGGAUGACGCCAACACCUCAUCACUUUGAGGGAACAGAUCCAUCACCAACAAGCUUUGUACAGGCGCUCUCGGAGCAUUCACCAGAACCACACUCGACUUAUCUCCCAUCUGGAUUAUCAUCUCAUUUCCCACAGCCAACAGAGGAGGCGCUCCCACCGUUCGCUACAUCUUUUCCAGGGGAUGGCGAGUUUGCUCACACUAAAGACUCACCCAGGCCUACCUCACUCAGUCCUACGAUCUCUCACUCAGCACCUCCAGGAGCUUCUUAUGAUGGACCGCCACCAAAUUUUAGUGAGCCAGUAAAACCGGAAGAACCACAGCUCAACAGCCCAUCUCCUGUAUUCCAAGCCUCCUCCAGUCAUCCACCUAUUCCAUCUUCGCAUGCGGAGACGACAUAUACCUCGCCUACACAACCUCCUUCGUUCACUGAGGCGCACCCGCGCCCUUCCGAACCAGUUUCUGUAAAGCCUACAGAACCCUGGGAUGGUCUUGAUGCUGCGAAGCCAACAAGCUCUCCAGAAAUUCCAUCGUGGGUCUCACAUUUACCAUCACCAUCCAAAGUUACCCCGGCGCCAAAGACAUCAGAGAACGGCCAUGAUACUGCACCCUCUGCAUUUCCUGAAGCGUAUCAGGGGCCGCCUCCUCUGCCGUUUAAUUCCAUCCCAUCAGAACCUCAUGGAAGCUCUCCUGCUGGUCCUCACUAUACUCCAUCACCUGGCGAAUCAGAGCAAGAGCCGCACCCUCUACCACUUGAAUCUGCUUCUGGAAAGCCACCUGGACCUGCGAGCAGUUCACCUGCUGCAGUUUCUCAAACUCUUCYACCACACGAGUCCUACCAGGGAACCCCUCCACUCAAUUCUGGCUCCAGCGGYCCAACUGGGGAAAGCGGUCUASCUAGACCURCGAGUAGUCCACCUGCUGCAGUUUCUCAAACUCUUCCACCACACGAGUCCUACCAGGGAACCCCUCCACUCAAUUCUGGCUCCAGCGGUYCAACUGGGGAAAGCGGUCUACCUAGACCUGCGAGCAGUUCACCUGCUGCAGUUUCUCAAACUCUCCCACCACACGAGUCUUACCAGGGACCCCCUCCACUCAAGUCUGGCUCCAGCGGCCCAACCGGGGAAAGCUAUCCACCUGCCGGACCUCAUACCAUCACUCCGGCUGAGUCGUAUCAAGGGCCUUCGCCCACUCUCACCAUGCCUGGAGAGCCUUCACAGCCGAAAGGUAGCCCAUCUGCUGGACUUUACCAAAUCCCGCCUCCUACAGAGUCCCAUCAUGAAUCAUCUCCUCCACCAUUUGAAUCCACUUCUGCAGAACCACAUGAUCCUAAGAGCAGCUCACCUGAGCCUUAUCAACUCCCUUCACUGUCAUCCCCACAAUCAUCGCACCCUAGUGAUGCUGAUCAUCCCACUGAGCCUGCUACUCCUCACGAGGGACCAUCGCCUCACUAUGGCGCCGCUCCUAAAAGUUCUUGCACUUGUGAGGAACAUCCUCACCCCGGAGAAAGCAACCUACCGCCAUUUAACCCUCCGUCUGAGCACGGUGAAGUGCCUCAUGAACUAGCUCCCCCACACGCGAUUCCAACCCCCGAGGAACCCAGUGAUACACUGACUAACGCAUACGUGCCUCAUGUCUCGAAGCCAGAACCCACGGUCAACGAGGCUCCCUCUGUCUCUCACGUUGCUGUUCCCCUAAAUAUGCCACCAAACUGCACUGAGGUGCAUUCCAAACCCGCUAUUCCUUCACCGACAAGCGGCAGCCCUCAACCACAGGGACCUAUCGGGGAACAUCACAUUUAUGAGUCUCCACCUAAGAUAUAUCCUACGGAGGCGACUAGUGUGGCUAAACAGCCAUCUGCAACCAGACCUGCUCCAGAACCUUCCAAAACAGGCGUGCCAAAAGCUGCAGAGUCAGUCGGUCAUUAUUCCAGUUUUGCGCCAGGCUCCACUGUUCCAAUCACUGCAUUAUUGGGAGCUGUCAGCACUCUGGUCUUCUUCUUCUCCUUGUUGUGA